GGCUUUGAGCAGAGCGCUCCGACAACAAACAAAAGAUCCAGGCUAAAGUGAGCUCAUUACGGACAGCCGUUUACUCCCCACACACCAUCACAGCUCCGUGGAAUAUCCAGCCGUUUCACCGCAAAGAUUUACGACACACCGAUCUGUCUGACUCUAAGGACAGAGCCUGUCUUUGUGCGAGCUCAUGUCAAGCCCAGACCUUUGAGGGAUCGCUGUACCUUUAACCAUUAGCCGCGUUAGCUCCGUGCUAACGGUGGCUCACGGAGGCACUGCUCUGUCUGUCUGCUCAAAUAAAAGCUGACACUGACUGGGCCACUGGACUCAGGCUUGUUGCUGACAAGCCGAUCCGAGCGCUGAGUGGAGCGGUAAAGAUGUCGGGGCAGGCAUCGGGCUGUGGGUUCCUUAUGUCGGUGGUGGUUCACGGAGACUCGACACUGAACGAGCAGGAAAAGGAGCUCAACCAACGGCUACGACGUCUGUACCCCGCCGUGAAUGAAAACGAGACCCCGCUGCCUCGCUCCUGGAGCCCCAAAGACAAGUUCAGCUACAUCGGGCUGUCCCAGAACAACCUCCGCGUCCAUUACAAAGGUCAUGGCAAAACGCCUAAAGAUGCUGCGUCGGUGCGGGCCACUCACCCCAUCCCCGCUGCCUGUGGAGUCUACUACUUUGAGGUCAAGAUCAUCAGCAAGGGUCGUGACGGGUACAUGGGCAUCGGCCUGUCAGCUCAGGGCGUCAACAUGAACAGGCUGCCAGGCUGGGACAAGCAUUCGUAUGGUUACCAUGGAGAUGAUGGCCACUCUUUUUGCUCCUCUGGGACUGGCCAACCAUAUGGCCCCACCUUCACAACGGGCGACGUGAUUGGCUGUUGCGUCAAUCUCAUCAACAACACCUGCUUUUACACAAAGAACGGACACAGUCUAGGUAUCGCCUUCACAGACCUCCCACCAAAUCUGUACCCGACAGUGGGCCUCCAGACCCCGGGCGAGGUGGUGGAUGCAAAUUUCGGCCAGCACCCAUUUGUGUUUGACAUCGAGGACUACAUGAGGGAGUGGAGGACCAAAAUCCAGGCCCAGAUCGAACGCUUCCCCAUCGGAGAGCGGGAGGGGGAGUGGCAGUCCAUGAUCCAGAAGAUGGUGGCAUCAUAUCUGGUGCACCACAGCUACUGUGCGACUGCCGAAGCCUUCGCCAAAUCCACCGACCAGGCUGUGCACGAAGAGCUGGCCUCCAUCAAAAACAGACAGAAAAUCCAGAAGCUGGUGUUGUCAGGGCGAAUGGGGGAGGCCAUAGAGACCACCCAGCAGCUGUACCCCAGCCUUCUGGAGAGGAACCCCGACCUGCUCUUCAUGCUUAAAGUGCGCCAGUUCAUUGAGAUGGUGAAUGGCACAGACAGUGAGGUGCGCUGUCUGGGAGGUCGCAGCCCCAAGUCUCAGGACAGUUACCCAGGCUCACCCCGGAACUUCAGUGGCUCCCAACCCUACCUCACAGGGUUUGACAGUAACUGCUGUAAUGGGGUGACAUCGAAGGCUCACAGCUCUCCUCACAGUCACAAGCCCUGCCCCGGCCCCGGCCCGGGCACCGGCUCGACCCCUGCCCCUGCUCUGGAUGUCAGCCUGAACGGCAGCCGCACUCAGGCCUUCUCCAGUAAUGAUGUGGACAUGGAGGUGGACCACGUCACCAACGGAGUGUCCGAACCAACUAAUGGCUUCCUGAACGGCAGCUCCAAACAUGCUGUGGAGCCAGAGGACUGUGAUGCAGACAUGGAGGUGGAGUCGGUGCAGUCCAAGAGGCAGUUGUGUGGAGGCAGCCAGGCCGCCAUUGAGCGUAUGAUCCACUUUGGACGAGAGCUGCAGAGCAUGAGUGAACAUCUGCGACGUCAGUGCGGCAAGAACUCCACCAACAAGAAGAUGCUCAAGGACGCCUUCAGCCUGCUGGCCUACUCAGACCCCUGGAGCAGCCCUGUGGGAUACCAGCUGGAUGCCAUUCAGAGAGAGCCCGUCUGCUCCACACUCAACAGUGCAAUAUUAGAGACUCACAACCUCCCGAAGCAGCCUCCCUUGGCUCUGGCCAUGGGACAGGCUGCCCAGUGUCUGUCUGUGAUGGCCCGAACAGGGACAGGUUCCUGCGCCUUCGCCUCAGUGGACCAUUACCUGCACUAGCCCUUUACUCCCGCCCCACACAACCUGCCCCACUGAGCGCCCGCCCAGCCCCUCUGCCCGCUGGCCCCUCUGCCUGUGGGCCCAGUGGGAGACAUGCUUACAGCUGCAUCUCGAGGAUUGAACUGUUUUUAAGAUAAUAGAAAUAACUGUUCUCAUAAUGAACCAUGAAAGGUUGUUUAGGGUCAUGUGAUGUGAUAUUCCAAUGGUCCAAUAAUUCAAAAUUGAUGGCAGAUGUGAAAUCUGUUACCCCCUUUACCUGACCCCUUGCCCCUUCUCUCACCUGGCUUUUGUUCAGGCUCACGUGUGGUCUUUGGUCUUUUUCUGUCAGGCCAAAACUGGCACACUGUCAAACAGCAGUAACAUAGAUGGCAUUUAGUGGUGAUAUGUGAGAAUACAGCAGGUCCGGCCAAUCUAAUUAAAAAUUGCAAAAUGCAUAUAUUUGUAGCUUUGAAAUUAUUAAUUAAUACUGGCCACAUGUGAAAUACAAUUCUAUAAUAUCAAUGUAGCCUAUAGAUAUUCGAUGGCUAUAUUUCCUAGUUACAAAUGUGAAGUGAAAUCCCUCGUAAGCAGCGAUCAUCUCUCCUCAGUCGUGGUCCACAGGCAGGACUUGGACCUCUGACUCUCCCCUGGUUUCUGUCAGAGCUGGCUGUUCACCACCGGCUCCAUAGCGCCCCCGACCAUCUCUGGGGGCUGAGGACUUGGGCGGGCACGGUCCUUCAUUGCUCUGCUCUGUUCCUUUUCUUUGACCGAUGGGAAACUGGCCUUGUAGCGUAAACCAAGAGCCAAAAUGGACUCCAGGCACAGGCCCCACCCACUCUCUGUUCAGAGGGAAGAGACUAGAGGACACUGUAUGUGAGAAAUACUCCCCUUAAACCCAAUGCGUAGUGGUUAGUGGCUUUUGUUUGAAUUUAAUGUAUGUACAAUUCUACAAAAGAUUAUAUUCCCGUUACAAAUGAUGUAAUAAAUGUGAUCCACUAAAAGGAGUAAUGCUGCGUUCAGGAUGUCUCGGAAUCUGGGAAGUCCAUUGUUGAGUUUUGCUGAAAGCUUGUGCGCAAGUGUUGGACCCCAAGCAACUAAGUUGACAGAAUCUCUUUGUUACCGGACACAGUAAGUGUCGUUAAAAUAGAAGUUUGUUUUUUUUAACUAUAUAUUUUACACUUUUAUGCAAAAUGUAGCCUUGUUAUCAAUGUGCUAGCUAGGAAAACAUCUCCUCUUCAAAAAUCUCCUCUUCACAAAUAGAAGGCUGAAUAGAAAAUUAUUCCUAUGCAACAACAUAGAGAUUCAGAUAUCAUUUUAGUGCAUGUUUUUUAAUGGUGUCCCGUGUAUGUGUCCCAAGCAGAUGGGGAAUUUCUGAGACUCCGAGACAUCCUAUAUGCUGCGACGUACUAAAAGAUUCCAUUGGAAAUUAUCAACCAAAAAAAAGGAGCAGCUUUGGGUUAAAGAUCCUAUAUUACACAAGAUUGACUCUUUGACUGUGAGCUUUAAGUCAUGCUAUCUCCUCAAAAACAUACCUGGACUUGUUUUCAUUCAGGCGUUUGAAAAUGUAAGUGUAAUAAAAGGUUACUCAAGGCUCAAAAUGCUCUAUUCCACCUUGUGUCAUGUAAUGGUAGUUUUCAAGUUAACAGCUACAUUUUACCUUUAGUUCAGUAGAUUGAUAAUUCCAGGGGUAAAAUAAUCAUCCAAAUGGUUAUGGUGAAGUUGUAUGGAGUUUAAAAACACAGUGGAGCACUUCUAACAUUGUGAAUGCAUGUGGUAAUACAAAAAGAAGAGUGUUUUUCAUUUCAGAAAAGAUCUCAGCCUAAAUAUGCAGGGUUUGUGUGUUAAACAUGUGUGAAUGAAACAAAAUAUCACUUCAGGUAUGUUUUUGAUGAGGAAACAACAUAACAUUGAAAAUUGUGUAAUAUAGGCUCUUUAAAGUAGAGGGGCGCUAAGCUAACUCAGUACAAGUUGUUUAACAGGGGGAUAUAUUGAAUAGUGUGUUAACAGAAGAGCAUGGGCCCCACCCCCACCCUUUCACGUGUGCCGCAGUGUGUGUGGACUGGGACAGACUCUGUUUUUACUGUUGCGUUGAAUUGGUUUGACAAUUCUUUCCUUUUUGGUUUUGAUGGUUGUGGGGAGUGUCACGUGGCUCUUUUUUUCCGGAUUAGCAGAAUGGUGCAAACAAAUAUCUUAUUCUAAUGAUCAUUAUGUUAAUUAUUGUUACUUGCAUUUACAAUAUAUUUGUUGAACGCCAGCAAGAGCAAAAUCCAUCACAACUUAUUCUAAUAAUAAAGGUCCCAAUUCCAUGA